AUGACACAAGAGCUUCUGUACCCGGCCAAAUCAGCCGCCCAAGAUGCCAAUGCGCGCCAUUAUUUGAUCUACUUCAUCACCGGCAAUCCCGGUCUCAUCGACUACUAUGAGCCGUUUCUGUCACACCUUCGCAGCCUGCUCGAUGAGACUGAGAAGCGAUCCUCGGCAGCUCUUCACAUCUACGGUCGUAACCUAGCCGGCUUCGACGAUGCCGACCACGAGCCAUUCACCGCCUCCAGUCCCCCGCACGACGUGGACUACCAGGUCAAAAGUCGCUAUGAGCACCUCUCAUCCAUGCGCAUCCCAUCCGGCCCACGGCAAGGCCAGCCUUUCGACGAGGUCAUCGUGAUGGGUCAUUCAGUCGGCACCUACAUAACUUUAGAGCUCUUCCACCGACACCUGCGAGAUCCAUCGGCUGCGCCGCAUCUCAAUCUCAAGGUAGGCAUCUUGCUAUUCGCGACGAUCUCCCACAUCGCGAAGUCUCCAUCCGGCAUCUUCGUCUCAAACCUGCUGCGCGUGCCGUUCCUCGAAGCACACGCACACCAGCUCGCCAAGGGCUUCCUGUCGCUCUGGCCGGUUUGGGCGCUCACUCUCUUCAUCCGGCGCGUCAUGGGCUUCCCCCCACACGCAGUGGCCGCCACAGUGCGAUUCCUCACCAGUCGUGACGGCGUGUGGCAGGGGAUUCACAUGGGCAAAGACGAGAUGAACGUGAUCAGUGAGGACAGGUGGGCUGAUGAGCUGUGGGAGGUCGCGGACGAGGCGCUGGCGCACAAGAGCGAGAUGCCCAAGUUCUUCUUCUUCUUCGCGAAGCAGGAUCACUGGGUUGCGAACGAGUGCCGCGACGAAUUCAUUCAGAAGAGAGAGGAGCAUGCGAAUAGAGAUGCCCCGGCGACCAAGAGAGGCCGCACGAGAAUCGUAGUGGAUGAGGGCGAUCUCCCACAUGACUUCUGCAUACGUGAGUUCCAUUUCUAA